GAAGCGCGUGUCCCUCGUAGGCCCCCCCUCGCCUCCCCUCCCCGCCAUGGCCGAGCCGGGCCCCGCCGCCUGCCUGCUGCUGCUCCCGCUGCUGCUGAGCCCGGCCCCGGCCGGCGGAGCCGCCGACGACACUGAGUGGGUCCGGCUGCCCAGCAAGUGCGAGGUGUGUAAGUAUGUGGCAGUAGAGCUGAAAUCUGCCUUUGAGGAAACUGGGAAGACAAAGGAGGUGAUUGACACAAAGUAUGGCUUUCUAGACGGAAAGGGAUCUGGAAUCAAAUAUACGCAAUCGGACAUCCGACUGAUCGAGGUGACAGAGACCAUCUGCAAGAGGCUGUUGGACUAUAACCUGCACAAGGAGAGAACGGGCAGUAACAGGUUUGCAAAGGGAAUGUCAGAGACGUUUGAAACCCUGCACAACCUGGUGCACAAAGGGGUGAAGGUGGUGAUGGACAUCCCCUAUGAGCUGUGGAAUGAGACCUCUGCUGAAGUGGCUGACCUCAAGAAGCAGUGUGAUGUGCUGGUGGAGGAAUUUGAAGACGUGAUUGAGGACUGGUACAAGCAUCACCAGAAGGAAGACCUGGCUCAGUUUCUCUGUGCGAACCAUGUGCUGAAAGGGAAAGACACAAGCUGCCUGGCAGAGCAAUGGUCUAGCAAGAAGGGAGAUGUAGCAACCGCGGGGGAGAGGGCAAAGAAAAAGAGUGGCAAGAACAAGAAGGCAGCAGAGAGGAAAAAGAAAAACAAGAAGACGAAGGUUGAGGAAGCAAAAAGCCCCCUGGGCCCAAGUGCAGAAGGGAGCCCUGAAGAGGAGGGGGAUUUCCAGCCGAAGGCUUCCCUUGCGCACAGCCCAGCUGACGAGCUGUAGUCUCUCGGACACCGCGUGCCAAUUUGCAGCCCAUGGUAGGGACAGCGGACGCUCUGGACACAUGGGAUAUUGGAUGUGCUCUGGGCAUCGCAGCAGCCAGUUGCCUCACAAGACGGUGACCCCUUAUUUACUGAAGGGAAAUAAAUUAGAACUCUUCUAAUUUAUCGCUCCAAGGGUGGCAGCCUGUUCCUGCUGGGUGGAGAUCUCGCCAUCGCUAGUCAGCAUUACCAUGAGCAGCGGUGCCACAUGGAUCACAGAAGUGGAGUAACAGCGGCUGGCAGAGACCCCUGCACAUGCAGGGCAGCUGGGCUGGACAGGAGAUGCCUCCUGAGUAAGUGAGGUUGUUAAACUCCUCUUAAUGCUCCCUAGACAAUACAGAUCCUGCCUUUAGCGGGAGAGACCUUCCACCCUCUGCUCUUCCCCUGCCGCCUCUUGCCCAGCUGGAGUGUAUUGAUGAGGGGUCUGGAAGUGGUAGAAAGGAGGCUGGUUUGCUCACGGCGGAGCCCCUGGCUUUUGUCUGAGCUGCCCCCAGGGCAGGGAAUUUGGCAGUGGCUUGGAAGGAGAGUGGCUUCUGCCUGGCCAGCCUGGCGGGUUUGGACACACUGUCUGUUCCACAAAGGCCGGGCCCAGUCCUGCCCUCCCCUACGCCAGGCAGUCCCACUGAGCUUGCUGGGGUCCCACAAUGAGUUAUCCUCCCGCUCUGCAAGCUUGCUGCCCACCCCUCUCCCAUAGGACCAUUCCAUUCAGGGGCAGCCAUUCCAGCUUCCUGGAAGCCUGUGGUUCCUGCUGUUGCUGCAGAGAGGGCCCUUCCCCCAUCUGCUAAUGUCCUUUCCAUUCGGUCUAGCCUGUGCUCCCUGCACUGGCUUUCAUGCUCCCUGCUGCACUAUGGGCAGCAGCUCCGUGCUUUGCAGGGAGAGGCUCCCUUGUGUUUUAUGCAGUUCUUUGCUACCUGUUGGCGAUUUUCUCUUAAAGUGCCAGUAGAUGUCAAGUAUCAGAGGGGUAGCUGUGUCUGUCGCUUUGUACAGAUCCAGACUAAGAGUCCUGUGGCACCUUAUAGACUAACAGACGUAUUGGAGCAUGAGCUUUCGUGAGUGAAUACCUGCAUGUGUCUGACAAAGUGGGUAUUCACCCACAAAAGCUCAUGCUCCAAUACGUCUGUUAGUCUGGAUCUGUAAAAGCAGCAAACAGACGUAUUGUAGCAUGAGCUUUCGUGGGUGAAUACCCACUUCGUCAGACACAUGCACAUAUUCACCCACGAAAGCUCAUGCUCCAAUACGUCUGUUAGUCUAUAAGGUGCCACAGGACUCUUUUUAGUAGAUAUUAACACCCUCCCUGUGGGGUGCAGGAGCAGGACCCACUAUGGCCUGCAGGGGCACCCAGCUAACUUUGAAUGCAGUCUUAGUCCCUCUUGCGUGUGCCCAGGAGGCUUCCAUCAGCUCUUCCUGCUCAUUAAAGCACAUGGGGGACCCUAGCCUGGGAGUGGGGUAUAGUCUGGUCCAGUGCAGCCAGGCUGCCCUGUGAUCUCAGCACUGCAGCUCACUGAGAGAGCUGUUCUGCUAGAAGUAGAUAUGUUUCUGAGUGCUCUUGUGUCUCACGAGCUCGAUCAUGUGUCAUGGAAUAUUCCCAGGUAGUGAGACUCAUUGGUCUGACCCUGCUUUUCAGGCUAGUGAGCGACUGUUGGUUCCCUCUGCUAGGCAGGGCACCAUACUCCAGGCACCAGCACUGCCAAUUCUUGCCACUCUAUCACAGGUCUCAUGAUAUUUGGUGUUUUCUUUAAAACCUCAGCUCUUGGCGUCAUGGGGUUAUGAGCUUUAGAAUGAAGCUGUUUCUAGCCCUCAUGGCUGCAGGGGACAGCUUGAAAGUGUCACCAGAGUGUGACCUGAAAGGCUCAGAAAUCAAAGAAAACCCCAAAUGUGUGUUUUUAAAAAAAAACAAAACAACAAAUCUUGUGAGGAUUGUUGGGGGCUAGCCCCUGGGUUCUGAGUGUGGGGGGCUGGCCCUACCUCUGAAGCGCAGCCCAAAAGGCACAAUUGGAACUAAGUUUAGAAUUAUUUUUAAGCAAGGCAGCUUUAUACCACUUCCUGCUGUGGAGUAAUCCUGUAAUGCAAUUGACUGACUGCAGCAGGAGUGGCGGUGGGUCAGUACGACUGGGCAUGGGUGACAGGGAGGAAUGAAUGAGAAUAUAUGUGUGACGAGUUUUUGUCCCUUUGGGUUUGUUCUAUGGCAACUCCAGCAGUUACUACAACUGUACACUGGACUUUGUUACUCAGAGCAAGGAACUUGGCAUUCUAGUUGGCAAAACUGGCCUGAAGCAGCUGAGAGCCUCAUGGCUACCAGCCCUCUCUUGUGGGUUAUCCUCUGCUCACCUUUGUCCUUCUCUCUUCCCCAUACAGUCCUCCCUGCCUCUUAUUUUUCUCUUGACAACUAGCAUAGCUUUCCCUUGGCCCACUCCUGAUGUAGGAUUGGCCUCCUCACCUGGGCGGGCUCCCAGCUACUGCUAGACAUUGGCGUCUGCUUCUCAGCACUGACAUGUCUCCUGCUAAGGACUGCUGCUGGGUUGCCCCUGGGCAGCCAGCAAUGUGCCAAUGGGGCGACAGGCCACUGUGCAUUCGGGAGAGGUGCUUCCAUGCUCUGAGCAGGGCAGAAGCCCAGCUGCCUCCCCAUAGCCACAGUUGUGAGGCACUGGGCAGGACCCAAAUGAAGGGCCAGUCUUGGUGCAUUGAUUUGUAGUUGCCAGGCAGGAAAUCAUUUGGCUCUGAAGCUAAUGGGGGAUGUGGAGGCUUCUGGGGAUAUUGGAGGAUGGUGCAAUGGAGAUUGUAAAGUAACAAUGGGAAACAGGCGGCUGCUGCUCAAGGAGAAGUGGUCUGUAGCCUUUGUAAUAGCAAGCGAACACACAGCACUGGGUGGGACUCCCUUCUGCAGCUGCAGAACAUGUGGCCCUGGCCAGCACCUUGCGUGGGGAAGGGGACAAGCUCUAUCUAAGUGCUCUGGAGGGGCAGGGGAGACUCCCUAUAUUCAUUAUGGUUCGAAGGCACCAUCUGCCUCUGCUUCCUUAUAGAGGAACAAAUUCAGUUCAGAACAGAGCUCACCUUAUUACAAACCCUAAAUGGCUAUUGAGGCUCCCAGCUAGGCAGCUGCUUCUCCCUUGGCUUUCAAUGCAGACUGGCUACAUCUCCUCUUGGCCAGUUCCUGGCAUGCUGCAGCAAAUCAAUCCAGACCCAGAGAAACGCUACUGCUUCCAGGGGCUCUCUGAACCAGCUGCACUUCAGGGUUUCCCUCUUCCCCGUGAGGUGAAUGGCUUCUCCCUCUUUUCUCUGAAGAGAAGCUAGAGAGGGCAAGAUGGGCUCAGGCCCCAAGCACCACAGCAGGAUUCCUGUGCUGUGGAGCUGCCACCACUUCCCUUGAGCCUCAUAUCUCACUGUUAGGAACCUUUUCCUGCUGCACUCUGCAUCUUCUUCCCACCUCCUCCUUGUCUGAGUCUUAUCCCCGCCCGAUGUAUCUGUACCAAACACUGGCAGCCUUGUGCUGCUGUUUACUCACUUCCUCAGGAAUCCCCUGUUUUAUUUUUGCUUUUCCCACAUUCCCUCUGUGUUUGGUCUUCUCUUGAGGUGCCCACUGUGUUCUAUGUAGUGUCUUCUUCCAGAAACCCCCUGCUCUUGAAACCCAAUACUGCUGCAAGCUGUAAUUACACACUGCAAACUCCUAGCUAAUAGCGCCCGCCUAGAGCCAGCUCCAUGGGUCUCAGGAGCUUCGCUUUUGACUCUCCUCACUCUGGUGCAUUUUAAAUUCUCAGCUUUAAUGUUAAGGUGCUUUGGAGGGGGGUAAAUUCAUGCUGAAGCCUGUGUUGGGCUAGACAAUUUGCUGGAGAGUGGGGGAGGGUUGUACAGUAGGGCUGGCACGUUCAGGGACUCUUACUCCCUGCAUUUCAUCCUGAAGGACUUUCCAGAUCUCUCCCCCGUAUUCCUCUGUGGGCAUUUCUUAUUUGCCCAUCACCGUGGUGCCUGAGCCAAGCAGUUGCUUCACUCCCCACCCCCGAGAUACACAAUGCUGCAUUAUGUACAGGAGGUAACAGCACACGCCCACAGGCUGGCAAAGCAUGCACCGUCGCCCCCUUCCCCCUCCCCCCCCCAACCUGCCAGGGCCACAGAAUGUAACCCACCUCCCAGGUGCCUUAGAGAAUCACUGCAGGUACAGUUUGGCUAGCACAGGGGGGCCAACUGGCAGAAAGUUCUCCUGGCCCUUUUCAGGUAGUAGUAAGCUCUGCAAUGCCACAACCUCCCGCUUUUCAUCUGCUGGGACAGCUGCUGCCCCUGCCAUGCCUGCACUAGAAAUGCUUCCAGCUCUGGCAGUGCUAGCAGAGGCUAGAGCCCUCCUGGAGAUGGGCCAAAGGCUGCCAGUGGCACUGAUUAGACUUCCUGAGCAGGCUUAGACAGGGCAUUAUGGGACAGUGUUAAAGAUGCCAGCGAGCUGUUAACACAAGGGCAACUAACCCCAGGGGAAGCCGUCCUGAGCAUGAACGGCUCCUUGGAAACGGGCGCACCUCUCAGAUCACCAGCAUCAUUCCCCCAGCGCAGCGAGAGGGACUGGGUAUGCCAUGCAGACGCCCAGGCCCUGGCACAUACACAGCAGUGAGAUCUGCAAUGCAGCCCUUCCCUCUACACUUCCCAGCUCUUCCUCCACUCAUGGCGAUCUGAGACAGUGAGGUGCAGCACUCACACAGAGAGAUCACAGGAAAAUGUUCUGUGGGCCUUCAGUAGAAAGAACCCUCCAGUAAAGCUGCCAACAAGAGACUCCAGCCCUACGGCAGAGCCUGGGUUACUGCUUUGUUUUUGACCCAAGCCUCUCGCCCCUAUGUUCUAGGUGCUUGUCUGGCCUUGAGCCCAGUUCCAGGUGGGGUUGUUGAGCCCCAGGUGAGGCUCCUGGGUUUGUUUGCAUACUGUGUUUGAUUCCCCUAGUGCUUCGCAGUGGGUGGAGUGUUUACUGCUUUGGCCAAGAUGAAACAGAAAUCCAGUGUACUUCCCUAACUGCUGCUUAGCAGGGCUGAUCGAUCAGUUCUGCUCUGCUGCGUUGUCCCUGGGUCCACAUAGUUGUUUGCGUAAUUGCAGCCGAAGCCUUUCUGUAGGGGUUAGUGCCAAUAAGUGUGAUGCAACUAAGGCAGACCCUUUCCAGGUGCAGCUCAAUGACCAUAAACACUGAAGGGGAGACACAGCCCAGGUCCAAGCCAGAGUAACUGCAGCCAUUGAGAUGCCUAGAGGUUGCAUGCAGACAUCUGGAAUAGGAGCAUGGGAGAGUUUCUCAAAUGAACAAGAAUCUUAAGACUCGUUAUCAAGAGCACUGCUGCAAACUGGGCCUGCCCUGGGAAGGAUGUAGAGAGAGCAUCCAGCUGACUUCAGGCUGAACCCCAAGCAGUACAAACCCCUGUGCUGGACAGAGGGAAUCUGCCUUUGACAGAGACCCAAAGCAUUGAGAUGGCUCAGAGAGGUUUCCAUAUGUGGGCAUGGCAGGGAGCUGGUGCAUGCACAAGGCAGGGAGGGUGGAGGGGCUCUUUUUAUACCUGUCCUGACACAGGACAGUCAGGCCCUGUUUGCAAUUUGGCUCAGCACCUCACUGUUCUCAACAGGCUUAUGGGUGUUGGUACCAUCCUAGUCCUCCCCGGGCUAGGCUGGAUUACAGAACCCAGCCAGUGGUGACAGAGCAGUAGCUGAUAGCCCUUCCCUAUGGUGCUCCUAUUAACCUCUCGUUUUUCUUCCCCUGCCUCCCAAGAUGGCUAAAUUUUGGACGAGCAGUUGUAUCUGUAACGUCUAGGGCCCUUUCAGUUCCAUAGGCAGCUCUCUUGUGUUGGAGGGCUCGGUGGAGUGUGGCCUGUGAUCCUCUGUGAAUCUGGUUAAUGGUCACAUAGUUUCAACCUGAAUUCACUCUUGUGUGCUAUUUGCAGUUAUUUUUAAAUAAACUCUCUCUGUUUAAAGGUU